AUGUUCUCAGCUGCCGUUUGUCCCAAAGCCGCAAUCCCCCUGCAAUCUUGGGCUGGAUUCGAGGAUCGCUCUAACAAUCCAUUUACACUCUCAGUCCAUAAUCAAUCCAUACAGCUAUCUAUGGCGCAGAUGUCUGAGUCCAGGAGGGUGAUCAAGAACACCUUCGUGGAAUUCAUCAGCUCGGAGGAGGACGCCGGCACCAACGCCACGCGAGGCCUCCGCCGCACGAGCUCGUGGCCCUCCAUGUGCAGUCUCUGCACGGCCGCCGGCAUCGACGCGGAUGCCGCGGACGCCCGUAGCGAGGGCAGCUCGGCGCGCCACGAGAGUUGGGCCGACCUGACCGACGACGCAGACGAGUGGGACGGAGCCCGCUGUGCCUCGCCGGUGGGCCGCGCCCCGCACCUGCAGUUCGGCCUCCCGUUCGCCCAGUGCGGCUGGGCCCCCAAGGCAGAGGAGAAGUCGCCCGCCGCGGCGCUCGCCCGGACGCCGGCGUCGGGCGGCGGGCGCACGCCGCUCACGAGCAAGGCUUCGGCGUUCGUGCCGCUUGCGAGCAAGCAGGACCUCAGCAGCAAGGCCUCGGCAUUCGUGCCGGGAUUCGGGGCCCCGCUGGUCGCCCAGCUGCAGGCCGCCGGCUCCCCAGAGAAGGCCUCGGCGCCUGGCAUUCCGCGGAUGCCAGCUCCAGCGCCGCCAGGCUCCUGGACCACGGUGGCCAUGGGCAACCUGCCGCUGGCCCUCUCGCGCGAUGCCCUGAUCGAGGUGGUGAACCAGAAGGGGUUCGCGGGUUGCUACAGCUUCGUUCACAUGCAGAGGGAUUUCCAGUCCAAGUUGGGUCAUGCCAUCGUGAAUUGCAACACGGAGGAGCAGGCGACGCAUUUCAUGGACGCAUUUCAGGGGUUCAGGGACUGGCCUGUUUCCUCCUCGAUGCAGUGCUCUGUGACCUGGGCUCAGACGCAGGGCUUGACCGCGAACAUCGAUCGAUACAGGAACGAUUCCCUUAUUGGCGACAACGCCUUCGACGGCCUCAACCCCGCGAUCUUCGUCGGGAGGCAGCGCGUCCCGAUGCCGGAGCCCGCCGAGGCAUGCAGGACCGGUGGCACGAUGCGGCGCUGGGGAUGA